GCAUCGCUGGCAGUUAUCUGACAUUUACCAGCACACAAGAUCAACCCUAGACGGAAUAACGGAAACUAGACACUCCCGCUCAGCUUUGAAGUUUCCGUGGACUUUCUCUUUAAGGCUGGCUUGUCCUUUCUCUCCCAUCUACCACCUUUUGAACAUCAAGCUUCUUUACGAAAGUUCCUUAACCUCCCUGUUGGUUCGAAUUACCUUACAAGGAACAUGGGAAUCGAGGAUAAGAAUUCAUCCAACUCGCCGCUCCCCACGCCCCUACGAGCAGCCUUAGAGAAGGCAGUUCAAGGCGGCAAGUCUGGGGCCAUGGCCAUGACCAUUCAGUGCUGUACCAUGAUGUGGAUCCGCACGACCAUGAACUAUCAAUAUCGAUACGGAACCACAACCACACAAGCAAUGAGAACUUUAUAUCAACAAGGUGGCAUCCGCCGGUUUUAUCGAGGAUUAGCCCCGGCCUUAUUUCAAGGCCCCAUAUCGCGCUUCGGAGACACUGCCGCCAAUGCCGGUGUCAAUGCGUAUCUUAAAGACUCAGAUUUGCCUGUGGCCUUGCGAACAUUUUGCGCAUCAACGGCUGCUGGAGGAUGGCGUAUCAUGAUUAUGCCUAUAGAUUGUCUCAAAACAACCCUGCAGGUCGAGGGCCGUGAUGGGGUAGCCUUACUUGGGAAGAAGAUCAAAGCUCGAGGUCCAUUUGUGCUCUGGCAUGGUGCCUUAGCUGCGGCAAGUGCAACUGCCGUUGGGCAUUUUCCUUGGUUCGUUACCUUCAAUUACCUACAAGAAACGAUUCCUUUGGCGGAAUCUACCGUGGGUAACUUUGGUCGGAAUGCUGGGAUCGGGUUCUGCUCCUCAGUGGUAUCGGAUACCAUAAGCAACUCUCUCAGGGUGAUCAAAACCACUCGACAGACUUACUCCGAGGCUGUGACAUAUCCGGAAGUAGUUCGACACGUCAUCAAAGAGGACGGAGUGCUCGGCCUUUUUGGACGAGGACUCAAGACUCGGCUCUUGGCUAAUGGCCUUCAAGGGCUGGUGUUCUCAGUCUUGUACAAACAUUUUAUGACGAUGUAUGAAGCGAAAUCUUAAGCUCGGUGUGCUUUUAAUUUUAGACGUCAUUCAAGGGCUUCAACAGAUCGCUAAUCCCUGCGGUGAAUUUCGUAAAUCUUUCGAUAUUGUUGUGUUUUCG